UGUCAUAUAGUUCUGUGAUAAAGUCAUUCAUUGUUUAUUGUUUGUAUGUUUAUUUUUAAUAUUUUUAAAGGACUUUCUGCGGUUGUGAAGAAUAUUACAGAAUUCAUAAGAAAUGGCCGAUUAUCGAAGCAUGUUUAAGGUCGGGGAUAAGUUGGUUAUAGAGUUAAAAAGUAAGGAUAUUUACGAAGGUAUCUACGCUGGCGGUGGAAGAGAUCGUGUGUGUUUAGCGGAAGUUUCCCAACACAAUAAUAAAAAUCGACUAGGCGAUUUGUAUGAUUUUUAUCGGUCAGAAAUUUCGCGUAUCCACUCACUGAAAUUGCCAAACUCGAGACAACCUCCUGGAGCAAACAAGAUUGAUAACAAUGUGACCAAUGUGACAUCCACUUGCAAAAUGAUCAAAAUGUGUCAAGAAGAAUACUGCAGGUUGAAAGAGAUGUCCCAGAGCUAUGUAUACCUGGAAAAUGUGGAUAAGAGAUAUUACGAUGCUGUUCAACUGUUGAAAGAAUCGGAAACUGUUGGAUUAGUUGCUUUGGGAAUGGAAAACCAAAGAAUGGGAUCGUUAAUAAGGUUACUUGUUAUGUGCACGUGGAAGCAAGUCUUCAUAUUUGAUCUUACCAAUCUGGAAAAAAGGAAGUUUUAUCCAGAAUUGAAAGAAAUCCUAGAGUCUGAAUAUGUUUGUAAAGUGAUUCAUAAAAGUGCUGCUGUAGUAGAUGUAUUAUUUGGACAUUAUGACGUUUUUGUUCAGAAUGUAUUUGAUACCCAAAUAGUUGAUUUAAUGUUCCAAAAAACAAUGCAACAAAAAAGUCUAUUGAUUGAAAGGGAUCUUUCCGAGUGUCUUGUAGAAUAUCUCAACUUUCCCAGCUAUUUGCUAGAAGAAGCGUCUAUUAUUUCCACAAAGAAGUGGGCAGAGAAGCCUUUGCCUGAGAAGAGGAAACUUUAUGCUGCUCAACUAGUAACAUAUCUGAUUGUGUUAAAAGAACAUUUUCAAAGAAUUCUUUUGGGUGACGUCUAUAGAACAAUUAACAAUGUACAAGACUAUGUUUAUAAUUUGAACGACUUUGACUUUACAAAAUAUGUGAAGGAAAAGGAGGUUCCCCAAGGAGUGCAGGAUUUGAUUCCAAAUUUGAAGCAUCUAGGAAUUGAUGAAGUGUAAUAAAGUUUUCUCAAAAUGUAAUUAGUUUUAAGUUGGGAACUAUUUUACUCAGUAUAAGUUUAUAUAAAAAAUAAAUAAAAGCAA